AUGCCUCCAAAGAAGACUACCAACAACGCCGUCGGUGACAACCAAAAUACCGCAGCCGAUUGGACUGAAUUUCGUACACAGCUCCUGGCAAUGCAGGAAAAUAUGCAGGCAACAAUUCACGCUUCGAUUCAUGAGAUGGGUGAGAUGUUAAUGACCCGAUUGGAUGCUCGGAUGCCAGCUCAGGCACAUGUACGUGACAGAGGUGACAACCCGUUCGCUGACCGUCACGAUGUUGAUGAAGUGGAAGAAGAUGAGCAUCACCGGAGGGUUCGUAAUCGUGACAACAAUGAUCAUGGUCGUGACAACAAGUGGGAAGCAAGUUUUAAAGUCGACAUCCCAGAGUUUCAUGGGGGAAUUCGGGGUGAUGAUCUGCUUGAUUGGAUUGUAUCCGUCAAAGAAGUUCUAGAUUUUAAACAAGUCCCGGAUCAUCGACGUGUCCCUCUGGUGGUAAUGCGAUUUCGCGGUCAUGCGGCAUCGUGGUGGAAACAACUCAAGUCGACAAGGACUCGCACCGGUAGGGAACCGAUUCAGUCGUGCGAAAAAUUAAAAAAACAUCUACGGAAAGCUUUCCUACCACAUAAUUACAACCGUAUGAUGUUCACGCGUCUUCAAAACUUACGACAGGGAAGUCGAAGUGUGGAGGAAUAUGCGGAGGAAUUUUCCGUCUUGCUUACGCGUAACGAGCUACACGAUAGCGAGAGCCAACUCGUGUCUCGUUUUAUCGGAGGUUUGCGACCUCAAUUGCAAUCAGCGAUGGCCCAAUUUGAUCCAACGUCAAUUAGCGAGGCGCUUCGGCGUGCUGUUUCAUUCGAACAACAAUUGCGGUCGUCUACUUGGGCCUCGGCGGCGAAUCGAAACAAAGCUCCGGAUUUCACUAAUGGAGCACCACAAGCUAAGGACAAUGGCGAAAUCAUUGGGAAGUCUUCUCGAGGAACAGCUCAAACAGAGGAGACGACGUUGCGACGAUCAACUCGCCCCAAUGCACUGCGCUGCUAUUCGUGUGGGGAGCAAGGGCACCGACAAAAAGCGUGUCCACACCAACCUCGUCGUGGUCUAAUUGCUGAUGACGCGAUCGAUGAUCGGGAACCUGUGUAUGAUUCUCAUGAUGAUGGUGAUAGCACAGUGGAGGAUCGCGUUGUCCGGACGCAAGGAGAUACGAGUAAAAUGCUGGUCUUGCAUCGUACUUGUAUUACCCCGCGACGUCAGGAUAUGCAAUGGUUACGAACCAACAUAUUUCGCUCUACUUGCACGAUUCGUGGUCGUGUCUGCAGCUUUAUAAUCGACUCCGGUAGCUGUCGGAACGUGAUUGCAGAUGCUGCUGUCGAGAAGCUGGGACUGCCUCGAGAGGAUCAUCCGGCACCGUACACGCUUGGGUGGUUGCGUGAGGGUGUGAGCGUUCGGAUCACUCAACGAUCACUGGUACCAUUCUCCAUUGGACCAUAUUAUCGGGAUCGCAUGUACUGCGAUAUAGCUCCGAUGGAUGUUAGCCAUCUGUUACUAGGAAGACCUUAG